AUGUCCAACCCUAAGCUGGAGCCAAGGCCAAGUGCAAGAACAGGGCCCGUCUUAGGAUUAAAGGCCACAGCCAAAGUUAUUAACAAAACAACCCCACAGCCAAAACCAAGACCAGGGCCAAGGCCAAACCAAAAGCUAGAAAUAGAGUUAAAGCUAGAGAGAGCUAGAGCCAGAGCCAAAGCCAGAGCCAGAGCUAGAGCUAGAGCUAGAGCUAGAACUAGAGCUAGAGCUAGAGCUAGAGCUAGAGCUAGAGCUAGAGCUAGAGCUAGAGCUAGAGCUAGAGCCAGAGUCAGAGUGAGAGUGAGAGUGAGAGCCAGAGCCAGAGCCAGAGCCAGAGCCAGAGCCAGAGCCAGAGCCAGAGCUAGAGCCAGAGCCUAG